CUUGAUCUACUACUACUUGCGCGAUGGCUCAGUGCGCAAGGCGGUCGAGGUAGCCCAGGAUCAGCGGGAGCUCGGAUUAUGGAGAGCUACCGCACUCUGGUGCGAAGGCUGUUCAGGCGCAGUCAGUCGCGAGCGCGAGGCCAUUCGAGAGGCUGAGGCUGUGGCGGAAAUGGGUAGUUAAUACUUGCGUAUCAUGCUUUAAUAGGAAGUUGGGCAUUUUUUCGAAGAAGAAGAAUACAGCGAUAGUGUUAGCGAUAUUUUGUCUGAGGAAGUAAUACUUGUCCCUUCCAACAAUGAAAAAUCACUCUCUCGCCUCUACUCUUUCUGGCACUUAUCUCACGCUUAACUACAUGUUAAUAUUUCGCUUCUAGGCGGUCGCGAUUAUCUGUUUGCGGCUAAUGCUGCGGCAAGCUAUUUCCACGAGCGUGCACAGUAUCCUGAUAUGGAGUGCGUCAGGAAAUUCCAGGACCGCGCGAUGCAGGAACAACAGGGAGCAAGUGAAGAUGUAUGAACAACAUGUGGAUGUGGAGUGUUAAGUAUUAUGUCAUUUUUGUCUAAUAGAUUCUGUUGAUGGCUAUAGUUGUCACUUAGUCUACUCACAUGAUUUUCCUGAAGACUAGCACUAGCUACCACACACUAGAAGAACCUGUGUCCACUAGUAAUAUCCACUUCCCAAACCCGAUUCCUUUUCAUACGAAGCGAAAGUCACUUGUGGGUUUUUCUUCCUUUUCGUGGGAGAGCGGGACCGUGCGAGGCAGAUCGCGGACACUCUGUCGAGGAAUCGAGUCACUGCUACUUUUCUAGCCUGGACCCGCUACGAAGAAGCUGUGGCAGAUAGUCGACGUCAGGGAUCCGCGGGGGCGACAGCUGUGGGAAAAGAAGGUAUAUGCUUUUUAGUUAUAAUACUUCGCUUAUUUUACAAUACUAGUAAUCUUAUUUACUCUACGAUAAUAAUCUCGUGUAAGAUAGGAUUUUUGACUAUCUAAGGUUCAAAAGACUUUACGAUAAUAAGUAAAUACUAAUCUUCGAGACAGCAGCUUGAUGGAAGUUGUUGUAACGUCCUCUCAGUGAUGGAAGUACAUCAACAUUCCGUCACUUACUGUUCGGACUAUCCUAUGGUUUCGACUACCCACAGCAUUACGAGAAUGCACUGCGUUAUUAGAUGAGUUCGUCAUCGGGGAGCAAGGACGCGAGUUGAGGAUAUCGCAACUCGACGGUUUGAUGCUGAAGGCUAAAUUGAUGGAACUGAGCAAAAAUUGGGCAGCAGCUGUCGAGUUUUUGAACCAAGCCAUCGUCUACUUUCCUUGGUACAAGAACUACUAACUCCGUUUGUUGUUCCCAGUUCCGUCCCUACGGAAACCUGGUAGAAAGAAACAAGACCAAGAGGACAGGCUUUCUUCGGAAGAUAAAAGCAUCCGUAGAAUUUCUUCAUGUAACAAGCAGCGUGUUAUAGAAGUCCCACCGCAGAAAAAUGUUCUAGGACUACUUCAAGUACAUUGUAGUUCGCAACAGUCCUAGUAGAAUUUCUAAAUCCUAGGUUCUGAAAAGUCGUCAUGUAAGAUUCACCCCAUCAGGUACCAACCAGCAAUAGCAGAGCGUGGUAGAGUACAAAUGGCAAGCGGCGACUGGGAUCAAGCUUUGGAAACAUGUGCUCGCCUAGAAGAACAAGCUGGCGGUCCUACGGUGGAUAGUCUCAAGUUAAGACGACUGUGAUAGAUAAGGAUAUCCGCACGAAAUAAUGGAACUGGAUGACAGAUUCAGGGUCACUCGUCAAGCGGGAUUUUGAAAAUGAUUGUCUGCGAGGACAAAAUUCCUGGUCGUACUAGAAUGAAAAAACCUAGUUGAAGAUGCAGUAUCACGCACAUAUAAUCACCAUCGUACACCUACAUUUACUCGCCUCUGAUUUGAGCAGCUCUAACUACCAUCCAAUUGUUGCAUUUGGUUACCAGAGGUGGGACCGGUGGUGGCGGAUCAGUGGUGGAGACGACCGUGAGCAAGCUAGAACAGCUUCUUCGCAUCUUAGCGCAGCGGGAGCCAUUCAAUGGUCGGAUGCUCAUGGAAAAUGUGCAGCUCUUCUCCAGGCUCGCUGGCCGUAAUCCUCGUUAUGGUAGUGUAUCUAUAGGUAGUACGCUGCAACUAGCCCUUGAGAAGAUCCAAAAUUGAGUUGAUGAUGAGGCACCUCUCAUUUUUUCAAGAUCAAGAUGCUUUUUGACGACCGAUGUUGGUCUUGAUUAUAUCCUUCUUGCUUAGAAGUACAAUCUUGAAGAUUCUAUCCUUCUUGCUUAUCAUCUUUGCUUAUAGGCUUUUCCCUUUAAGAACAUAGUCAGAGGUUGUGCUCCAAAUAUCGAUAUCCUCUUUCUACCUUUAGGCUAUCCCACCUUCUUGCAACAGAUCCUUCUUGCUCGUGUUGAUGAUGAGGCACUUCUCAUUUUUUCAAGAUCAAGAUGUUGAUCUUGAUUAAAUAUCCUUCUUGCUUAAGAAAGUAGAAGUAUUCAUAACAAUAUUUCUUGCUUAGAAGUGUCCUCCAUAUGCAGCUUCUAACGUUGAAUUCUCCGUGUGACCCACCACGCGAUGCAGACUUUUGUUGAGAAUCUGCAGACGGGCCAGAAAGAAACUUCCGCAUAUGUUACGGAACUGGGGCAACAGUUCCUCCUUGUGGAGGAUUACAAACGUGCGGGAGAGGCCUUUCAGAAGGCAUCGUCACGCAACGACGCCGACCUCAACGCUUUGCUAGGCUUGAUCCAGUGUCGCAUAGCUGAAGGCCACGUCGAUGACGCGGCAGAACAGCUAGAGUUUCUUCGGGAAACGCAAGCAUCCUUCGGUCGCUCUUCGCGGAGUUCCUAUUUAGGAGCCUUGGUAGCACAAGGACGCAAACAAGCGUAUGGCAUGUUUAGUGGUAGGUUUGCUGGUAGGUGCACUUCUACAACUUUUUUUUUUCGAGACAGAAGUAGUCGCUCCUUUUUCUAGACAGAAGUAGAGCUGAUGAACGAAGGAAGAGAAGAGCAAGCGAAGCGUCCAUCUUCUAAUGUCCAACUGCAUUACAACUUCUCAACGAAGCCUUGACCGUGCACAUCAGUGACUUCCGCACCAGCAUUGGCUAUGAAUUCUAUGCAAGACUCGACGCUGAUUACAUGAUGUGCAUCAGCAAUGAGUAUAUCGCAUCUGCCAACGUCUCAGCGGGUACUUUAUGUUGACGGCUCAUCAGUAAUUGAGAUUGAGGUUAGUAUUAGUUAGAAGUAGUAGUAGUACGUCGACGUACAAAUCUAGGUCAGAAGGUGGGGCUUCGGAAGGUUCCCUACUCUCCAUUUUGUCAUUCCGGAUCGAUGAAAGCUGUUACAAUUGCCUUCAGAGCUCUGGCGUCUUAAAUCUAAGACCCUCCUCAAAGAAGGGCGGCAGUCAAGUGACCCGAGCAUUGCAGGUUCUCGAAACGCUGUCGAAGUUUUUGCCUGGUAGCCUGAGUGUCCAGAUCGCUUUGGCAAAGGGUAAAUUGACCAGUGGGGCAGUUGAC